AAAUAAAGAAUGCUAACAUACAACUACAAAAAAGCAAAGGCACAAACCCUUUUAUUUGAGAAGUUGUUGUUUCUUACCAGUAUAGGGGCAUUGUGGUUGGCAUGAUGAUGGAGUUCAGAUCGAAGUCAUGCAGAGAUGAAAGCAACUGUGGAGACAAGGUGGCCCCAAAAAGCAUGAAGGAUCUGAGAUGUCACAGUGCGAAUAAUGGUUGUUCUGGUCAUGGAAAGCAGAUAGGUAGCAGUGCUAAGGAGAUGAAGGUGAAGAAAGUGAAAAGGGCAGCUUCUAAACCAUCAAAAAGUUGGAGCUUCAAUGAUCCUGAGUUGCAGAGGAAGAAGAGAGUUGCUGGCUAUAAAAUAUAUGCAGCAGAAGGCAAAAUGAAAGGCUCUCUCAGAAAGAGUUUCAGGUGGAUCAAACACACAUACACUCAAGUUCUCUAUGGAUGGUGGUGAUUCAUCUUUCAUUCUCUCUUCUUCUUCUUCAUCUUUUCUUUUCAGUAAUCAGAGUUUCUUUUUUUUUCUCAGUAAAUGUUUCAAUCCUUUUGGAACAAGAUUGUCUUUCUGGUUCAGAACUUUAACUCCCUUUUGUAUGAAUUUCCUGGUUAUCAGAUCACAUUUUAAGAUGAAUAUACUGGGUAUGAAGUAGAUUUUUAUUAUUUUGUUUGUAUUUUAAUUAUAAUUAUAAUUAUGCGUCUGAAGAACAAAAUAAAUGAAAGUUCUAUGACA